AUGGAUUCCAUACAGCAGCAACAGCAACAGCAACAGCAGCAGCAACAACAGCAGCAAGAGCAGCAGCAAGAAAGUGCAGCUUUUGGGAGCAAUUGGCCACCUUUGGAAUUCCAGAGCAGUGCAAGCAACGACGCCGUUGCUCCCUCAGGUCUAAACGCGGAAGGCCCCCUCUCGAGCGGCACUGGAAUACUGCACCGCGUGGGCAGUCUCGGCUCUCAGCUUCGUCCUGUCAGUUCUCUUGAAGGAGAAACGUCGAAAAGAGCGGCAAAAGGCCUUUCUGCUGCUGCCUGCCUCGCGGCACUUGAAGACUCUGACGGCAGCGGAGAUGAGGAGUGGCUUCAGGGGCUGCUGCAGUCUGCAGCAGCUGCGCAACAAGCGCAGCACGCCACGCGUAUGCCUCCCGACAGUACAGACAGCAGACCUAGCACACCAUCGCCUUCGCCGCAUCGACCGUUAACUGCUGCACAUGCUGCUUCGGCAACAGCUUCGCGUGAAAGCAGCAGCGGGAGUGCGCUGAUGCAGCAGGAAGUCGAAAGCCAAAACGACCCCCCCCUAGACUCCUCCCCGCCUCCUGCUGCUUUAGAGUUGCUCGAUGCGAACGGAAGUGCCGAGCGUGAAACGGAUGCGCAGAAGUCGCUUGCCUCCAUGUGCGCAAGAAGGAAGGCUUUAUGGGAGUGCAAGGCUCUUGCAAGCCGUGGCGAUGCUGCUGUCGUUGCUGCACUGGAGCUUCCGCCUUCCAACGCAGCACCAGGCAACACGGCACUUACAACAGACAUCCUGCUGCAGCCUCUCCAGGCAGUCGUGCAGGAGCUUGCUUUGGCCCCUCUUGGCAACGCAGUCUCGCCAGCGGAGGCUGCAGCGGUGGGAGUGUCUGAAGGAGGAAAGGCUGCAGCAGACGGGGGAAGUGCUGCUCUGCCUUUAGAGUCUUCUGCUGUCAGUGGAGGGCAGCACCCUGCAUGGGGAGCGCUCCCUCCCUGCAGCACUGGUUUUGCUGCACUGCAGCAAGUGACUCGGUCUGCCGGCGUUAUGACUGCUUUCACGCGCACUGGUGACUUUGUGGCGAUUGGUACAUCUCGAGGAGCUUGCGUGUUGUCUCGACUGAUCUCCUCCUUACCUCCGGCAGCAGCAGCUGCUGCUGCUGCUCCCGCUGCGUCUGGAUCUGCAGGUGCAGCAGGAGCAGCGAGCAGCGCUGCAGCGGGCAGCAGCGACGUUGCAGCAGCGGCUGCAGCGUUUCGAAAAAGGUUCACUUCAUCCCGCUGUCUGCUGAACGCCUCUCUGAGUGCCUCGCAUGCAUUUCCUUCACCCAAGGAGGGUGCAGGCGCUGUAACUGCCCUUGCCUGCAGCACAGAUGGAAGCCUCCUUUUCGUCGCUUACAGGAGUGGUAUUGUCGCAUGGAUGGCCAUAACCUCUUCUCAGGAGUCUGCCGAUACACCUCAGCAAACGGAUGCUCUAACGCAGCAGCAACAGCAGCAACAGCAGCAGCAGCAGCAGCAGCAGUUCUCGCUCCGACUGCUGUGCCUUGCCCGCACGGCGUCUCCCUCGGCUGCUGCUGCAAGCUCAUCGCCUCACAGUGCCUCAGCAACGAACCAGGAAGGGCAGCAGCAGCAGCAGCACAGCUGCCUGUGCUCUGUGCGCUUCCUGGAGGGCAGCAGCAGCAGCAGCAGCAGCAGCAGCAGCAGCAGCAGCAGCAGCAGUGCCGGCGGGAUCAGAGCGCUGCUCGACGUGCGGCCUAUGCCAACGCUGUUGCCGCUGCUGCCUGAGUGCAGCUGCACAGCGAGAAAAUUUUUCCAGCCUCAAACGCCGCAGCGGCAGGAGCUGGUCGUUGCUGGUGUGGCUUGCAGCAACGCUGUAGUUGUCUUGACGAUUGCAAGCAGCGCUCAUCUCGCCUAUCGCUUGGACGUAACGUUGCUGCCUCAGCAGCAGAAGCAGCAGCAGCUAGAGAAGACGCCAGCGUACUAG